AUGUUCCAGAAUGUGCGCCCGGAGGCGUAUCCAGAUCUCGACACGAUCAUCAUCACGGGCAAUACCAUCGGCGAUUUGGCCGGCUCAAAUUUGUUCGGCGCAAAUGUCAGCAAUCACUACGUCUCACUGGUCAAUUUGUCUAAUAAUGCCAUCAGCGCAAUCGAUUCGUACACUUUCCGAGGAUUACCCGCUGUGGAGUAUUUCUACCUCAAUGAUAAUGCCAUCGAGCGAAUCGGUGCCGAUCCAUUU